CAGUCAGUGAGGCGACAACCGCGUUGAGAGACAGAUAAAUAUUUUUCAUUGUUGCAGUCAUUAAAAAAUUUAUCACCAACGAUCUGAGAGAGUAAACCAAAAUUUCGAAUCAAGUGAUAAAAAAAAUAAUGUGAUAACACAGUGUUAUGACUUUGCGUGUGAUAUUAUUAUUACUAGCGAUUUUAAUUCGCAACGCUGAAAAAUCGAAUGAAAAGAGAAAUCGUUAUCUGAAAUACUCUGGAGUUCUUAUCAUAAGCCGGUAGCAUUCAUAAAGAAUGGGAAUAGAAUGAAUUUUGACGGCGAUUUGAGAGAAGAAGAGACCGCAGACGAGAUCGAGUCGCCGAUCUCUCGAAUAACGGUUUUUAUUUCCGAAAUUUUUCAAUUGUCUUUUGUGGAAUUUAUUUAUUUAAUUGCACAGUCACAAGUGAAUCAGGAUCGAUUAUUCAGGGGUUGAAUAAUGAGUCAAAGAGUUCGGUUAAAUUAUUUUUAAAGAGAAAGUGACGGUUAUUGAAUUUUACCGCGGGAUAGUGCCAGUGACAGGAAAAAUAAAAAAUUUUUUGAUACUUUCUACGACCCAAAGGGUAUCAUUUUUUUCCUGGGCCCAACGGGAGAUUCUGGGCCCUCAGGACCGGAUCUUAAAACUACUCUGACAGAUUGAAGAUAGAUUAAAUUGAAAAUAGAUGUCGCAGGGGCAUACCAGAGCGCUUCGACUUCCCUGGUACCCCAUUCCUCUGAAAAUCGGCCGAUAUCCCGUAAAUUAAGGGAGAUAGAGAAAUUUUCAUUAUUAUCUUUUUUGUAGGGAAAUACACCAGCUCCAAAAAAUGUUUAUAUAAAAAUUUUGGUAUCUCUGCUUGUCGAGAAGAUAUUGAGCAAUAAUCGGGGACUUACGGAUUUACUGCAUUUUUUUUUUCGUCAUUUAUCGUAAUAUUACUCGACAAUGGAGUUUAAUGACACAAUGACACUUGACAUGCUGACAACAACCAUGAUGAUCCCUGUUCCCGUGAAAAGACAUGUUACUCUGGCCUCUCAAAUCGUUCUGACACUUGUUUACAUGUGCGGAGUCAUCGGAAAUAUCUCAGCACUGGUGAUUCUCUUCCACAAAGACAAGAGACGAAAUCCGAAACACCUGUUCAUGCUUCGAUGUUUGGCGAUCAAUGAUUUGGUUGCUCUACUGGGAAUGCUAGUGCAGAUGUAUGUGACUAUUUACACAGUAGAUUCAGUUACAUCCUCGCGAUCAUUUUGCUCAUUGCGCAUUGCCUGGAGAUUAUUCGGAUUAUUCAGUGGAUGUGUAGCAAUCGUUAUGGCUGUCGAGAGAUGGCUAGCCCUGACGAGGCCCUUUAUCUAUCAAAAGCGAAUCACGUUCCCGGUGAUAGUGCGCUGCAUGCUAUUACUAUGGAUCGCAGCACUUACUCUAACUACUCUACCAUUAUUUGGAUUUGGUAUAUACUACAAAAAUGACAAGUGCAUGAGAUACAGAGAAGCGACAGAACCCCGUGACGUGGCGUACGCCUACGUGUGGUUUUCCUCCGGUACAUUCCUCUGUAUCUCAAUAGUCUGGUGCAACUUAGCUGUGUCCCUAGCUCUUCGUAGACUCGGUAAUCGAGUUGGAGCACUGAGGAGAUCAUCAAAAGCAUCAUCACGAACAAAACCCUUAUUAGUAACAGCCAAGACACCGUCCACUGAAAUCGGUUUGACUGCCGAGGAAAGGGCCUUUGCUAAACUCAUGGCUGUGCUGUCUAUAUCAUUCGUCAUCUGCUGGAUGCCUCAAAUGAUUGGAAUUCCGUUGGCGCAGUUAUCGCUGAAAUUACCCGCGUCUGCUGUACUUGCGAGGAAAUUAAUUAGAAUUUUUCAUAUCGUCGCGGAUAUUCUUCUCUGCAUUCAUUUUACGCUGGAUCCUUAUAUCUAUGUAUUACUCAGAAUGCCUAGACCUAGAUUUCGAUUGCUCAAGCCAAUCUGCAAAUUUUGCUGGCCUCAGAGAAGUCGCGAGAGUUCAUUUACGGGCAUAACGGAGCCCAUGACGACCACCGAUGCUGAUCCCCCCACACCCAUCACGGAAGUGCCAUCUACUCUAGGAGCUGUGACGGGGUCUAGCAGUGAAAUUGAAAACACGGAGUCGCACGGUUGGAAGUUGUCCAUUUUGUGAGCGUCAGCGGCCAUUUUUUCGGUGAGCGGACACGAAGUCUCUGACGUUAAAACGAGACUGAAUAUUGAAAUGUUUUUAACAUUCAGUAAAUUCAACACAUCACAUUCCGUGGAUAAAUCUCGAUUUGAGACUGUCAAAAAAAAUUAACCAAUGAGAAUAUUCUCGAACUAAUGAAUACACAAAUGUAAGAGAAAAAAAUCCUGUUAACUGUGAUGAUUCGUUAACCUUAAUAAGUCAUAUAAAUAUCAUUAGCCGAUACAAUACGCGUUGAAUGUUAUACUCUAGUCACUAAUCAUGAAAAUAUAAGCGAAUAGUAACUUAUACGUAGCGCAUGCAAACUGAUGUAAAAAUAUCACUUACAUUUAAUUUGUUACAUGGAAAUAAAAAUAAAAAAUUCAAUGAGACAAACAAGUGCUUGGAAUAACGAUUUAUUCAGCACAUUUUAACAUUGGAAACAUACAAAGUUCAAAUCUAGAAAGAUCUGAUAAUUGCAAUUGCAAUAGCACUUGAAUUAUUUGCAGCAUCCGCAAAACUCUUUCGUCCAUCAAUCACUUAAUCAUGAAAAAUCGAUGUAUUCACGUUCGUUCACUCACUCACAUCGAAGUUU